AACGUCUAUUAUCGUUGACAGAAAUCAGCUGAGCAGUGCGCUGUAAUUAAUGUGAAGUACUGAUUUCAAUAUCGUUCUGGGAGAUUUUCGGUAAAGUGACAAAAUGUUAAAUUUCGCGAAAUAAUCGGCAUGUGCAAUAAUUACCCGACAUGAACGACGAAAACCGCCGUUUGCAAACAUUUAACGACUGGCCUGGUGAUUCGGUAGUGAGUCCCCAGAGAAUCGCUAAAGCAGGAUUUUAUGCCACCAAACAAGGGCUGGAAGUUGAAUGUUUUUCGUGCCACUUGAAAAUAUCGACAUGGGAAUAUGGAGAUCAAGUAAUGGCUCGUCACAAAAUCCUGAAUCCCUCUUGUUUAUUUGUUCGAAAUCCUUCUGAUUCGGGGAAUAUUCCAUCAUUAUCCUUAAGUGGCCAAAGUCAGUCCACCACUGUAUAUUCCAAUGGACCAGAUUAUCAGAAUGAAGCAGUUCGUUUAGCAACAUUUGAAAAUUGGCCAGCAUCAAACAUUGUAACUCCAGAGCGCUUAGCUAGAGCAGGAUUUUAUUAUUUAAAAGACGGAGAUAAUACCAAGUGCGCCUUCUGCAAAGGUGUUGCAAGAGCUUGGGAAAUGGGAGACGAUCCAGACUAUGAGCACAAAAGGCAUUUUCCUUCCUGUCCCUUUGUUAAUAACACAAUAAUCCCAAGGUUAAAUGUUAAUCCUGAUUCCAACAACUCCAACAAGUGUGAAACAAAUUCUUUCCACAAUGUGAAUAUUGUCGGCUCAACUGUCGAUGGAAAUUUGGAUGAAUUAGGUGUGCAGAAACACAAUGGACCAAAAAGAUCUGACUAUGCUACUUUUGAGGCCAGAUUAAGGUCAUUUUCGCAAUGGUCUCCAAAUUUGAUACAAACACCAGAAAUUUUGUCCCAAGCCGGGUUUUAUUAUGAAGGUUUGGGAGAUCAAGUAAGGUGUUUCCAUUGUGAUGGAGGCCUUAGACACUGGGACCCUGAUGAUGACCCUUGGACAGAGCAUGCUCGAUGGUUUCCUCGAUGUUCAUUUGUUAAGUUGGUGAAGGGACAGGAUUUUGUUACAGCAUGCGCUUUGGAUCAUACCAAUCAGAGCGAGCAGAACGACAAAAUCCAGUCGGCUAGGCGCAGACGGGAAGUCAGCGAACGGGAACUGCAGGAGCAUAUGAUAAGUCCCGCUGCUCUAGCGGCUUUAGGUAUAGGUAUCAACGUGGAACGGGUAAAACGUGCAAUAAAAGAGAAACUAGAGACUACAGGAAAAGGUUACUCGCAACCCGACGCUUUAGUAGAAGCUGCGUUAAACAUGCAACUCGAGGAAGAAGACUUGGACGAUUCCGCGCAUAACAGUCAAAUUAGGAACUCGGUGACGUCAGUGCUGAACGACAUCACUCAACGGAGGGAUCAGCAACCGGAUAGGUUGGUCUCGAAUUCUCAGGUGCCGGCGAUGUUAGAACAAAAGACUUCCGUCUCGUUAGAGGAAGAAAAUCGGAUUUUACGAGAGGCAAGACUGUGUAAGAUAUGUAUGGACGCGGAAGUGGGCAUAGUUUUCCUGCCCUGUGGCCAUUUGGCGACCUGCGUAAAUUGCGCUCCCAAUUUGGAAGAUUGUCCGGUGUGUAGGUGCGCCAUCAAGGCGACUGUUAGAACGUUUCUGUCGUAACGGUAAUUUGUUUGAG